AAGUUGAUCAAUGUUUUCAGAAAUCUACGUUGAGAUCAAACAUCCUAAUUCAAUGCAGUGUAACAAAAUAUUUGCAUAUAGAAGUUGGCGUUAUGAUGGGUUCUGUACUGAAGAAUUUAAUAAUAAUGGCUCUUUGUACUGUUGUUGCUGCUGCUCCUACUAAUUCAGGAGAAACAUCAGCAGAAAGCAACAUCCGAAUUGCCAAAGAAUGUUUCGGUAAACAUGACCUAUCGAAAGAAGUACUACUACAAUUCCACGAAAACCCAGAUGAUCCACCGAAAAAGAUGCUUUGCUACAUGAAAUGUUUUCUUGAACGCAAAGGCUUAAUAAAUGAAGAUGGUAACAUUAACAUUGAUUACAACAGCCGCGAGAACUCUGGAGAAGAUGUACAAGAGGACUCUGAUGGAGACAGCUCUGAUGGUUCUGAUGAAUACGAUUCUCUUGAAGAAGAUCUGAGUUGUUUGACACGACUGAAACCUAUUAAAAAUUGCGGUGACAUGAGAGGUGUUUUGAAGUGCCUUCCAAAUGUUCUACGGAAUUCAAAUGAGUAAAGGAAUAAAAUAUGACUUUAGCAUUAAGACUGAAAUAUGUAUCAAAAAUAUGCAAAUAUACGUUGGUGUGAGUAGGUAGCUGCACUCAAACAUUGUAUGAAA